CAGGGGCGGUGCGCGCGCAGCCGCAGACGGCGGCCCGAUGGAGCCCGAGCUCGAGCCGGCGGCCGUGGAGGUUCCCGCCGGGCGCGUGCUCUGUGCCCGGGAGCUCCUCGCUGCCCGCUCGCGGUCCCAGAAGCUGCCUCAGCGCUCGCAUGGCCCCAAGGACUUCCUGCCCGACGGCUCGGCGGCCCAGGCCGAGCGGCUGCGUCUGUGCCGCGAGGAGCUCUGGCAGCUGCUGGCAGAGGAGCGCGUGGAGCGCCUGGGCAGUUUGGUGGCUGCCGAGUGGAGGCCGGAAGAGGGCUUCGUGGAAUUGAAGUCUCCUGCGGGUAAAUUCUGGCAGACCAUGGGCUUCUCAGAGCAGGGCCGGCAGCGGCUUCACCCCGAAGAGGCCUUAUAUCUGCUGGAGUGUGGCUCCAUCCAGCUUUUCCACCAAGAUCUGCCACUGUCUAUUCAGGAGGCUUACCAGCUACUGCUGACUGAGGACACUGUGACUUUUCUGCAGUACCAGCCACCUGAAGAGACUGGGCUACGUGGUUCGACGAUUCCAACCAAGCUCUCCAGGAGCCCUGGUUCCAUCCCUCACAAAUUCCACUGGGAACUCCAGGCUGAGGAAGUGGAUCUGUUGCCCACCCGAUUCUCACCCCACAGCUCCAUCCUGUCCCCUUACGAGAGACAGCUGAACUUGGACGGCAGUGCCCGGUGUUUAGAGGAUCAGAAUGGCAAGAGGAAGAGGAGGAGCUCCAGCUCUCGGUGCAUUAAUAAGAAGGCCAAGGCCCUGGAGAAUCCCCCGCAGGGGGUGAACGAGACACCAGAGAGCCUGACAAUCUCCAGCCCACCUCCUUGCAACCAGAACAACCAAUGCGGAGAGGAGAAACCUCAGGAGUCAAACCCUGUAAAGGGCCCAAUGGGCCCAUCUGAGCUUCUGGGAUCCCUGCAGCCCUGGCCUGAUCUGGCUCAUGAGGGGGUGGGGUGCAGCCAGGAGAGUGGCAAAGUAGAGAACGGGGUCAAGGGGGUUCGUAAGCCACGCUGGAACUUUGAACAGAUCUCCUUCCCCAACAUGGCUUCAGAUAGCCGCCACACCCUUCUGCUUGCCCCAGCCCCAGAACUGCUCCCCGUCAAUGUCACUGGGCGGGAGACAGAUGCCGAAUCCUGGUGUCAGAAGCUGAACCAGAGGAAGGAGAAGCUCUCCAGGAGGGAACGGGAGCAACAUGCAGAGGCCCAGCACUUCCGGGAGGAUGUGAACUCAGAUCCCGAGGUGCGCUGCUGCUCCAGCUGGCAGGAAUACAAGCAGCUGCUGCGAACACGGCACCUGCAGAAGAGCCGGAGCCGCCCCCCACAUCUGUGGGACCAGCCUGUCAGACCCUUGCUGAGUCCUGGCCAGGCAGACUCCCCAGCCACAGCCCUGCAGCAUCUCUCUGUGCUGCGGACGACACACCUUGCUGAUGGAGGUGCCCGGCUGCUGGAGAAGUCUGGGGGCUUGGAGAUCAGCUUUGACAUCUACCAGGCUGAUGCCGUGGCCACAUUCCGAAAGAAUAACCCUGGCAGGCCCUACGCCCGGAUGUGCAUUAGUGGAUUUGAUGAGCCAGUUCCAGACCUCUGUACCCUCAAGCGGUUAUCCUACCAGAGUGGGGAUGUUCCUCUGAUCUUUGCCCUGGUGGAUCAUGGAGACAUCUCCUUCUACAGCUUCAGGGACUUCACGCUGCCCAGGGAUCUGGAACACUAGUCACGCUGCUCUGGCAGGGCAUGGGACCUGCUCUGGGGGACCUGGACUGUCUACUCUCAGGGACCAUCUCCACUGCCUCUUAUACUCAGACCCUGACCUGUAGUUUCAGGGGCUGGUCUGGGC